GGACGGACGCCCCCGCACACGCAGACGCACAGAGCUCUGCUAGGUUCCCGUCACACACACACACACACACACACACACACACACACGCAGACACACACAGGGACACACGCAUACUCGCGCGCGCACAUCCUCCCGCCAGCCUGCCCGCCAGCUCGCCGGCGCCCGGAGCCCGCUCUGGCCGGAGUGAGACAGAGAACUACACCGCUGAUGACUCCGAGCAAGGGGCCCUGGACAUGUGCUGCAGCGAGAGGCUGCCGGGUCUCCCCCCGCCGGUAGGGAUGGAGACGCUGGACCAGGCCGAGGGGCCCGCAGCCUCUCCGAGAGAGAUGCCACCGCCCCCACCUCCUGCACCGCCCUCAGAGCCAGCUCAGAAGCCGCCACCUCGGGGCCCUGGGAGCCCCUCCCUCACUGUCAGGAGCAGCCUGUGCCUGUUGGCUGCCUCCCAGUUCCUGCUUGCCUGCGGGAUGCUUUGGCUCAGCGGCUAUGGCCCCUUCUGGUCGCAGAAUGCCACCGACCUCAUCUCCUCUGUGCUCUCGCUCCUGGAGCAGCUGGGACCCUCGGCCUGGCUGGGCGUUGGGACCUGGGGCAUCCCCUGUCUGCUGCUGGCCUCUCUGUCUGUGGUCCUCGUCACCACCCUGGUGUGGUAUCUCCUGAGGGCUCCACCAGAGCCACCCGCCCCACUGCCCCCCGAAGACAGGCGCCAGUCUGUGAGCCGUCAGCCCUCCUUCACCUACUCAGAGUGGAUGGAGGAGAAGGUCGAAGAUGACUUCCUGGACCUGGAUCCCGUCCCUGAGACGCCUGUGUUUGACUGCGUGAUGGACAUCAAACCUGAGGCCGACCCCACCUCACUGACCGUCAAGUCCAUGGGUCUGCAGGAGAGGAGGGGCUCCAACGUCUCCCUGACCCUAGACAUGUGCACGCCGGGCUGCAACGAGGAGGGCUUCGGCUAUCUCAUGUCCCCGCGCGAGGAGUCAGCCCGCGAGUACCUGCUCAGCGCUUCCCGUGUCCUCCAGGCUGAGGAGCUUCACGAGAAGGCCCUGGACCCCUUCCUGCUGCAGGCAGAAUUCUUUGAAAUCCCCAUGAACUUUGUGGAUCCAAAAGAGUAUGACAUCCCUGGGCUGGUGCGGAAGAACCGGUACAAAACCAUCCUUCCCAAUCCUCACAGCAGAGUGUGUCUGACUUCACCAGACCCCGACGACCCUCUGAGUUCCUACAUCAACGCCAACUACAUCCGGGGCUACGGCGGGGAAGAGAAGGUGUACAUCGCCACUCAGGGACCCAUCGUCAGCACCGUCGGCGACUUCUGGCGCAUGGUGUGGCAGGAGCACACGCCCAUCAUUGUCAUGAUCACAAACAUCGAGGAGAUGAACGAGAAGUGCACCGAGUAUUGGCCGGAGGAGCAGGUGGUGUACGAUGGCGUCGAGAUCACCGUGCGGAAAGUCAUCCACACUGAGGAUUACCGGCUACGACUCAUCGCCCUCAGGAGCGGGACAGAAGAACGAGGCCUGAAGCAUUACUGGUUCACAUCCUGGCCCGACCAGAAGACCCCAGACCGGGCCCCCCCACUCCUGCACCUGGUGCGGGAGGUGGAGGAGGCAGCCCAGCAGGAGGGGCCACCGUGCGCCCCCAUCGUCGUCCACUGCAGCGCAGGGAUCGGGAGGACAGGCUGCUUCAUCGCCACCAGCAUCUGCUGCCAGCAGCUGCGGCAGGAGGGCGUGGUGGACAUCCUGAAGACCACGUGCCAGCUCCGUCAGGACAGGGGCGGCAUGAUCCAGACGUGUGAACAGUACCAGUUCGUGCAUCACGUCAUGAGCCUCUACGAGAAGCAGCUGUCCCGCCAGUCCCUGGAGUGACCACACUCCUCCCCCGAGGUCCUCUGGGUACCACCCAGUCUGGGUCUGGGCCCUCAUCCCGGCCACACCCAGGGCCCUGCCUCUCUCAGCCUGCUCCCCGCCCCUCCCGCUUCCUUCUCUUCAGCCGGCUCCCCCUCCUCCCUGAGCCUCGGCCUGGCCCCUGCCCCCCAACAUAGCUCUUCCUACUGUACAUACCGGGGACUGGGGCAGGGUGGGGGAGGGACAUGCCAGGCCGGGCCUGGGGCCUCAGGGCCUGACCCACACCGCGUGACCUGGGGCCUCAGUUUUUAACGAUGGUUCCAUUGCUACUUGAUCCAAAACGUUUCUGUGCCACACUCCACGUGUCCUGCCGCAGCGUGUUCUGUCUGUCCGUCCAUAUCUGCUGUCUGUACCGGACACUGUGUCUCCUCAGCCUGGGCCAGGGGUGACGAGCUUCAGCCCCAGGGUAGCCCAGGCAGAGGUGCCUGCCCUGGGCCCCCAGCCCCACUUCUCCCAACAGGCAGGUCGCACUUUGCCCCUAGUUAUUGGGACCAGGCAGGGGAGGGGGCCUGAGGACCUGGAGGUCAGACACAGAGAGCUCCCAGGGGG